AUGUCCACAUUCCUUCUGCUUUCUCUCUCUUUCUCUCUCUCUCUCUUUCUGUCUCUCUUGCUCUCUUCCUCUCUCUUGCUCUCUCUCUCUUUCUGUCUCUCUUUCUGUCUCCCUCUCUUGCUCUCUCUCUCUCUUGCUCUCUCUCUUUCUCUCUCCCUCUCUUGCUCUCUCUCUCUCUUGCUCUCUCUCUUUCUCUCUCCCUCUCUUGCUCUCUCUCUGUCUAUCUCUCUCUCUUGCUCUCUCUCUGUCUAUCUCUCUCUCUUGCUCUUUCUCUGUCAAUCUCUCUCUUGCUCUCUCUCUGUCUCUCUCUUUCUCUCUCCCUCUCAUGCUUCCUCUCUGUCUAUCUCUCUCUCUUGCUCUCUCUCUGUCUAUCUCUCUCUCUUGCUCUCUCUCUGUCUAUCUCUCUCUUGCUCUCUCUCUGUCUCUCUCUUUCUCUCUCCCUCUCUUGCUCUCUCUCUGUCUAUCUCUCUCUCUUGCUUUCUCUCUGUCAAUCUCUCUCUUGCUCUCUCUCUGUCUCUCUCUUUCUCUCUCCCUCUCUGUCUAUCUCUCUCUCUUGUUUUCUCUCUGUGUAUCUCUCUCUCUUGCUUUCUCUCUGUCUGUCUGUCUGUCUGUCUGUCUCCACCAACACCACAACAUCGUCUCGCCGCCGCCGCCGCCGCCGCUGCCGCCGCCGCCGCCGACUACAGCCUCGCAAAGUGCCCGUUUUCCCCUCCCCCAAACCCCUUCCACAGUCUUUCCACCCCCCUUUUUUUUCUGUUUCUCUUUUAUUUAAAAAAAAUGGCCGCUUUCCCCACAGACGACGUGGAAUGGUUAUUGCAAGCCAUAGAAAAGGCGGUGUCCGCCGGCGUCAAAGAGGCCCUCUCCCAGUUGCAGAUUAUCCAGCCGGGCCAGCCGGGCCAACCACUGAGGGUGUUUCUACCCGGCCAGCAGACCUCUUCUCAGCAACCGAAGGCACAACAACAUCAUCAGCAGCAGCAACAACAUCAGCAGCAGGCGCAUCAUCAUCAUCAUCAUCAGUAUAAUCAACACCAUCUUCUCCCUGGAGGAUCACCCCCUAAUCAAGAACACCAACCGACGUCAUCAGCAUCUCAGUCAGGUGGGGCCGUCGCGAUCACUGCCACCACGGUCAACAAUAGCAACAACAACACUUCUAACAGCAGCACUGGGACCGUUGCGUCUAGCAAUGGUGAUACAAGUCGGGGAAAUGGUUCUGCUGGGGUGUCUGUUUCGUCCAUCACAUCACUCCAGCACCACCACCAACAGUUCCACCUAGCUUCAACUUCUCCUACGUCGGUGGCGGCCGUGGUACCUACUUGUUCAUCUUUGUCGUCGUCCACAUCACCAUCCCUCUCCUCAUCAUCAACCACUUGUGUUGUCGCGGCCGGUAAUCCAACCGUGCUAAACUCUACCCCACCCCAACAACACCAUCUCAUCAGACCUCAACAACAACCACCACAGCAACAAAUCCCACAUCAUCAACCACAGACCUCGUCGGUCCGGGUACCGAGCCUAACGCCACAGCUCCAGCACCUACAACCCCCACCAGCCCACCAUUCGGCCGUCCCUAGCUCCCGUGAUUAUGACGUCUACGGUGGAGGGUCUCUGCUGGUGCCCCAUACGGGUUACGUUAGCGGGUCGGCAUGUGCGGUAUCUUCCGUGGGUGCCACGCAGGGCCUGGUGUCGGCCGCCUCACCCUCGUCGGUAUGUAGUGACGGUAGCCCCCCUCCACUGCAAAUUGAGAUGGACCAGCCAGGCCGGAACCCAGAAUUACAGGUAAACAGGCUGAUGUGUGAAUUGAUCCAUCUAUCUAUCUAUCUAUCUAUCUAUCUAUCUGUUUGUCUGUCUAUCUAUCUAUCCAUCUGUCUAUAUCUAUCUAUCUAUCUAUCUAUCUAUCUGCCUGUCUGUCUGUCUGUUCUUAUCUAUCUAUCUAUCUAUCUGUCUGUCUAUCUAUCCAUCUUUUAUUCAUUAUCUAUCUAUCUAUCUAUCUAUCUAUCUAUCUAUCUAUCUAUCUCAUUCUGUUUUUUUAUCUAUCUCAUUCUGUUCUUAUAUAUCUCUCUGUCUCAUUCUGUUCCUAUCUAUCUAUCUAUCUAUCUAUCCAUCUGUUUUUUAUUAUUCUCUAUCUAUCUAUCUGUCUGUCAGUCUAUCUAA